CCAACGUUCAGCAACACUCUGAAAGAUUCCAUAACCACCUCCAACUCCAUCUAUCAACCUCCCCCUCUCCCCCCCCUCCGACCUCGCCUCUACUCGCGGUCAGAAAAGAAGCAGCCAUGCAGGGCCGGCUUCCUUCCAUGCAACCUACCGUGGUCCUCCUUCGGGAGGGCACAGACACGUCGCAGGGUACACCUCAGCUGCUGAGCAACAUCUCGGCUUGUCUUGCCGUCGCGCAGACUAUCGCGACUACCCUUGGUCCCCGCGGAAUGGACAAGCUCAUUGUUGACGAGCGCGGCAACGCUACCAUCUCGAACGACGGCGCAACACUGCUCAAGCUUCUCGACAUUGUCCACCCCGCCGCCCGCACUCUCGUGGACAUUGCGCGCGCCCAGGACGCCGAGGUCGGUGACGGAACCACCUCAGUUGUCCUCCUUGCGGCUGAGAUCCUGAAGGAGGUGCGCCCAUUCAUUGAGGAGGGCGUCGGAGUUCACGUCAUCAUCAAGGGGCUGCGGGAGGCGCGUAACCUUGCGAUCAAGAAGAUCAACGAGAUUGCUGUCACUAUCGACAAGUCGGACCCCGUGCGCUUCCGUGACCUGCUCAUGAAGACUGCUGCCACCUCCAUGUCCUCUAAACUUAUCCACUCUCAAAUGCCCUUCUUCUCCAAGAUGGUCGUCGACGCGGUCACCUCGCUCGACCCCAAUGAUCUCGACGAGUCGCUUAUUGGUAUCAAGAAGGUGCCGGGUGGCGGCAUGCAGGACUCGCAGCUCAUCAAGGGUGUCGCGUUCAAGAAGACGUUCUCAUACGCCGGCUUCGAGCAGCAGCCCAAGUCGUUCACCAACCCCAUGAUUCUGUGCCUCAACGUUGAGCUGGAGCUCAAGGCCGAGAAGGACAAUGCUGAGGUCCGCGUGAACGAGGUGUCUGAGUACCAGGCGAUUGUUGACGCCGAAUGGCAGAUCAUCUACCGUAAGCUGGAGGCCAUCGUGGCGACUGGUGCCAAGGUUGUGCUGUCCAAGCUUCCCAUCGGCGAUCUUGCGACACAGUACUUUGCGGACCGCGACAUCUUCUGCGCAGGUCGUGUCGCUGGUGAUGACUUGAAGCGUGUGGUGCAGGCGGUCGGUGGGUCGGUUCAGUCGACAACGUCGGACAUCGAGCCCCAGCACCUUGGAAAGUGCGAGAAGUUUGAGGAGCGUCAGAUUGGUGGCGAGCGCUUCAACAUCUUUGAAGGAUGCCCCGAGGCGAAGACUUGCACCCUCAUCCUGCGUGGCGGCGCGGAACAGUUCAUCGCCGAGGUCGAGCGCUCCCUGCACGACUCGAUCAUGAUCGUCAAGCGCACGAUGAAGAACAACUCUGUUGUGGCUGGCGGUGGUGCCUGUGAGAUGGAGAUCUCCAAGUUCCUGCGCCACCACAGCCGCACCAUCGUCGGCAAGCAGCAGCUCAUCAUCGGCUCUGUUGCCAAGGCACUCGAGGUGAUCCCGCGCCAGAUCUGCGACAACGCUGGCCUCGACGCGACCGAUGUGCUCAACAAGCUGCGCAUGCGACAUGCGCACGACGACACCUGGGCUGGUGUCGACGUUGACGAUGACGACGGCGUUGCCGACAACAUGAAGCGCUUCGUGUGGGAGCCCGCGCUCGUCAAGACCAACGCUUUGUCGAGUGCCGUUGAGGCUGCUUGCCUGAUCCUCUCGGUCGACGAGACGGUGCGCAACCCUCAGAGCGAGGCGCAGCAGGCUGGGCCCCCUGCACCUAGGGGUGCCGCGCAGCGUGCGCUCCGUGGCCGCGGCCGUGGCAUGCCCCGGCGGUAAGUUGUAGGCUAGUUAUCUGCAUAGUAGUAGAGCAUGGGUGCCUCCGGACAACGAACCGACGAUUGUUACCUAAUACUACUGACAAUGAAUUGCGAGCUAACAGUUGACAUCGGAGCGUUGUG